CAUGCAUAUAUUUAGUGUUUUCACACUAAAAAUAAUACAGCAUAAAACAUAAUUAUGCAAGUUGCCUGGAGUCACGUGACCACACACACACACGUGACACACACACACGGAAGCGACUGUCAUGAUGCACAUUACACACUGCUCCCAGGAACACAGGGUUUGGUGAAGCCAUGUGGAGGAUAAGAGGGUGUCUGCUGCUCCUGGCCACAACAUGUUGGCUAAGCGGCCAUGCCAAAGACAACAAGGGUCCUCCACGUCAUGUGUCUGUGGUUAUUGUAGGUGCCACCGGUGACCUGGCCAAAAAAUAUCUUUGGCAAGGAAUUUUCCAUCUUUAUGCCAGCCAAGUAGACAAAGGCCACACUUUCUCGUUCUAUGGAGGCGGCCUCUCUUCAGCUGAAAAGGGCACACCGCUGCUUUUUGAGAUAUUUAAGGAGCUGAAAUGCCCAUCAGGACUUACAACUGAGCGUUGUGCUCUGGUUAAAGAGCAGUUCUUGCGACUGUCCCAGUAUCUGCAGCUUAAGAGUGUGGAGGAUUAUGAGAAGCUCAGUGAUCAAAUCCAGUUGCAGCUCAAGCAGGAGGGCAUGAUGGAAGCAGGGAGGCUUUUUUACAUGUCUGUUCCAGCCUUUGCAUAUGCCGAAAUCGCAGAAAAGAUCAAUAGCACCUGUCGACCCCCAGCUGGAGCAUGGCUCAGGGUUGUUCUGGAGAAGCCAUUUGGACACAGCUUCAGCAGUGCCCAACUUUUAUCCACACAGCUGUACAGUUUUCUGAAAGAGGAGGAGAUGUACAGGAUUGAUCACUAUUUAGGGAAGCAGGUUGUCUCCCAUAUAUUGCCUUUUAGGGAAAAAAAUCACAAACUUCUAAAGCCGAUUUGGAACAAGCACCACAUUGAGAGAAUAGAGAUUGUCUUGAAGGAAAUAUUGGAUUGCAAAGGCCGGAUACAGUUUUAUGACCAAUAUGGGGUCAUCAGAGACAUGCUCCAGAACCACCUUACAGAAAUUAUGACCCUCUUAAUGAUGAACAUACCUGCGAACAUCUCCAACAGCGAAGAAGUCCUACGGAACAAGCUCAAAGUCUUCAGUGGCCUUGAAUACAUAGAUCGAAGCAGUGUGGUUGUAGGUCAGUAUGAGGGCUAUAAUGCAGAAGUCCAGAUGGAACUCAACAAAACAAAGGGUUAUUUCAGCCUUACCCCAACUUUUGCUGGUGUGGUCAUUUUUGGAAACAGUCCUCAAUACGACGGCAUUCCCAUAUUUAUGUCAUCGGGUAAGAUGCUUGAUGAACGUGUUGGAUAUGCUCGAGUUAUUUUCAAAAAUAAUAAAUUUUGCAUUCAGGAAUACAGCAGUGUCCACUGCAAGCCCAAACAGAUUGUAUUCUAUAUCGGCCACGGGAAUCUCCAAUAUUCAGCAAUUCUUGUUAGCAAAAAUUUGUUUAAACCAGAUGUGAUAAACAGUGAUUGGAAAGAGGUUACCGAGCAUAAAGCCAUUUCCGUGCUUGGGUUACCACUCUCUGACUAUCACAUCCAGUCCCCAGUGGUGCCCACAGAGGCCUAUUAUGAGCUCAUAUCUAAUGUGUUCUAUGGACGUAAGGAUAGUUUUGUCAGUGCAGAGAACCUCAUGGCCUCCUGGGCUUUCUGGACACCGCUCUUGAACAGCCUGGUCAAUGUCGUUCCACGGCUAUAUCCAGGCGGUGCGGCUAACGGUGACCUCCUGAACAUUCAGCUGCAAAGUCGGUCGGUUGGAUUCAUUAGUGAUGAAGAGGUGAAUGUGAUUCAACAAGGUCCGGAAGAGAACUUCCAGGUUAUGCAAGGAAAGUUCCGCAAUGCCGACAUGGUGUCUGCAUGGUCUAAGGAAUUAGUGGACCGCUUAGCCUCUGAUCUGCACAACACGGCUGAAGAGGUUGUUCAGGCUGAAGGUCAAUUUCAUCUGGCCUUGUCAGGAGGUUCCAGCCCCAUUGCCCUGUUUCUUCAACUUGCACAGCACCAUUACACUUUCCCGUGGCACAGCACUCAUGUGUGGUUAGCAGACGAACGGUGUGUGCCACCCACUGAGGCAGAUUCCAACUUCCGUUCGAUUCAUGACCAGCUCCUGCAGAAUGUCCAUAUUCCUUACUUCAACAUCCACCCCAUGCCAGUGCAGCUCAAUCAGCGCUUGUGUGUUGAGGAAGAUGGUGGUGCACUCCACUAUGAGAAGCAAAUAAAUGAGCUAGUCAAUGGUUCUCGUUUCCAUUAUAUACUGCUUGGUGUAGGUGAGGAUGGUCACACUGCUUCACUGUUCCAAGACAGCGGUCUGCAGAAUAAUGGAGACAAAUUGGUGGCCCUGACUGAAAGUCCAAUCAAACCUCACCAGCGGAUGAGUCUUACAUUCAGUGCCAUCAACAAAGCACACAGGGUAGGAAUACUGAUCAUGGGGAAGAGAAAACAUGAGCUUGUAGUUCAGCUCAGUAGAAUUAAAGGUAAAACUGCCAAGUAUCCAAUCACAAGUGUAGAACUAAAAGAUGGCCAUUUAACAUGGUAUAUAGACUAUGAUGCACUUUUAGGAUAAGAUCUAGUAACCUCGGGAAUACAAGGAAGUAUGACUAUAUACUGCUAAUUAAAAUACUCAGGGACUGACUGGGUGUUUGGGGGGAUUUGAUAAAUACUCUUAUUACUUUUAAAAGUAUUAAACACAAUUUGCUAUAUUAUUCAUAAAGAAAGUUUGUGAUAAAAUAUCAACAUAGAAGUGGAACUGCCUUGAAAUACUUAGGAUGGAAUUAUAAUAGUCCAGAAGGGGGGGGGGGUUGAUUGGCAGUUGAUUUUGAGUAAUUCCAAAUUAACCAAAAUAUUUUAAAGAGAAAACUGGGAGAUCAUCUUUUAUUACUGUACACUUGUCUGCUAUGUCACCCUUUGCAUGACAAACUUCAUAGCAUUGUUUUCUAUUCCACUGUGCUACUUGUUUUCUGUUCUCUGUGCCUUUCAGUUUGGUUACAAACCUUGAAACUGUGAAUAUUAAUACGAAAAGACAAUAAAUUUGAUAUUUGAAAUA